UAUGAUUAAGCGUAAUCUUAAAUGGAGAAUUAAUUCUUAAAGAGAAAAUAGUACACCCAAACCAAAAUCUAUUAGUAUAGAAUCUCCUAGACAUCCAACUUAUUUAAUUAGAAGAGAAACCAAAUCUAGAAAUUCUUAAUUAAAAAACCCCUUAUCAACUUACACUAAAUAUGUUUUCCAUUCUAAUCAAAUUAGCCCAGUGAGUUCCCCAAAUACUUCAAAAAUCUUUAAACAAGAAGAAUAGCAAAUAAAUAGUCCUACAAAUAAUUAUAAUUAAGAAAGAAAGCAUUCAUUAAGUACUCUUUCAACUGAAAAUCGCAGUUUUAAACAUAAAUUAUCAAUUAAUAAUAGGCAAUUUUAAACAGAAUCUAUAAAGCUCACCACUUAACAAUAUACAGAAUAAAAUAUUGAUAUGCCCAUUGAUAAUUAAGUAAUUUAAUAGCAAAUAGAUAUUGAAUGUUCAAAUAUUGAUAUGUAACAAAAGAAAAUUUCAUGUAAUUACAUAUUUGAUGAUAAGAAAAAAAAAAAAUUAAAAUAAAAAAUGCAAUAGUUUUAAUCUAAAGAACAAAAAAAAUCGAGUACAUUGAUAGAUUAAGUCAUAAAAUUAAUUAGAACAAUAAAAUAACCAUCUUAUAGAUAUGAGGCUCAUUAAAGAUCAUCCAGAAUCUGGUAAGAGAAUGCAUGCUUUGAAACAGUAAAACUAAAAUAAAAUUACACAUACUCUUAAAGUUAAUUUAAGUUUUAUUUUAGUUAAUAUUUUGAUAAACAUUUGAAAUUUUAUAGAAUACUUGAGAUUAAUAAUUAGCUAUUAUAAUUGAUGAAUAAUCAUUAAUAAAUUACUAAAGAUUUAUAGGAAUAACGUAAAGCUGUUUUCAUAGAUAAAAUUUAUAGUGAUGCCAUUAUAGAACAUUAUAAAGCUGAAAAUUUAUUUCGAUUUAAAGAUGAAAUUAAGACUUAUGGCAUGUAUAUCAUAUAUUUAAUAUUAGCUAGGAUAGACUUUUUAAAUGAAAAUUCUUAAAUAAGUAUUUCAAUAAAUCAUUCUAAUUCUGAACUAAACAGGAAUGAUAAAAAUUAAAGUUAAAUUGAAGAAGAUGAUUCAGAGCUUUUUAAAUUAGCAAAAGUAAAUGAAUUUUCAAAUUUAACUCCUAUUAAACCAGAAUAAAAUAUAAGUUUAAAGUCUUAUUAAUUUCAACUUACUCAUAUUAUUUCUGAAUUAGAUAAGAAGUCUAAAAAUAAAUUAUUAUCAGUUGAUUACACAAUCAUAGAUCAAAAAAUAUAUAGAGAUAAUAUUAAUCAAAUUGUACCUACUUUUCAAGAAGAAUAUUCAGAGCCAACAUUUUUUAAAGUUUAUAAACAAUUUUAUAAUGAAAUUUACAAAGAUAUUCUAAAUGGUAAUUUUGGCAAUUUAAAUCCUAUUGAUGAUAUUGAAUUUGAAGCACCAAUUUUAGAACCUAUUCAAAAUGGAAAUGUUGAAAAAGAAAAUAAAAUAGAUAAAAAAAAUAUUUUAUAUUCUUUAAGAUAAUAAAAGAACUGGCUUAGUGGAUUUCUUUAAAAAUAAACAUAGCCAAUUUCGGAAUUUGGUUUUCAUUCUCAUAGAGCUACAAUAUAGGUAUUUUCUAGUAAAUAAAGUUCAGAAGCAGGAUCUCCAUAACUUCCAUAAAUUAAUAUUUUAUAGUAAUCUUCUGAUUAUUAGAAAAUGAAAAAGAAUAUUCAUAAAUCCAUUCAUAAUAAAAAUGCUUUAUCACCUAAAUCACCAGGUUAAAGAGAUAAAGCCUAAUCAUUUUAAUAAACAGAUUUUUUAUUAAAAAAUUAAAAUGACAUUUCUUAGGAUUCUGUAGGGGAAAUUAAUAAAAUAACCAUGUCAAAAUCUCAAUAAUAACUCCCAAAACCAAUGUUAGAUAUAAAUUUAUAAUACUCAAAAAUCUUCAAGAAAACAGACUCUGGUAAAAAUUUUAAGGAAAUUAAAAUGGUGCAAUCUAUUAAAUCAGAUAUUGGCUAAUAAGAUUCAAUGUCAGAUUCAGUUAAUUUUAAUAUACAAUAAAUUCAAUUAUAAAAUGUAUAGUUUUAUUUAAUUAUAAGAAAGGUGCAAAUCCUUAAAAUAUUAAAUUAGAGACGAUGUUGCUUUAUGAUUAAAUGUUAAAAAAAAAUAGAUCAAAAAAAAAAAUUGCUUCUAUUUUGAUUGAACAUGGAUUGCUUAAUUAAUUUUAAGAAUUUAUGGAUGUUCACAGAAACUUCAAUUUAAAUGGCUAGACAUAAGAUGGGAUUCCUUUCAUUUCUUUAGCUGCUGCAAAUGGACAUGAAGGAGUUAUUAAACAUAUGUUAAAUUUCGAUGUUAAUUUAAAUUAAAUGGAUGUAAGAUUAUUUUUAACAUUUUAGUUAGAUGGAAAUACUCCUCUCUAUUAUGCUUUGGUUCAUAAUAAUUUUGAGAUUGCUGAUCUUCUUAUAUAAAAUGGUGCAAAUCCUUAUAUAAAAAAUUAAGGAAAAUGA